AGCUCAUGGACUUGAGAGAGGCAGACAAAGGCAAAAAGAGCUCGUGCAGCUUUCCUGCAGCAUCCACACCCACCCACUUCACUCCAUACACUCCAGCGCGGACUCCCCAGAGCUCUCCACAUCCAGCACCCAUCUACCACGGACCCUCCCGGACCUCUGUUGCCAUGGAGCUGGACUUCGGCCAUUUUGACGAGCGAGACAAGCCCCGUACCCCACGGGGCGGGCGCAUGAACGGGCUGCCCAGCCCCACCCACAGCGCCCAUUGCAGCUUCUACCGCACGCGCACCCUGCAGGCCCUCACCAACGAGAAGAAGGCCAAGAAGGUGCGCUUCUACCGCAACGGAGACCGCUACUUCAAGGGCAUCGUGUACGCCGUGGCCGUCGAACGCUUCCGCACCUUCGACGCCCUCCUGGCCGACCUGACGCGCUCCCUCUCCGACCACAUCAACCUGCCCCAGGGGGUCCGCUUCAUAUUCUCCAUCGACGGAACACGCAAGAUAACCACCAUGGACGAGCUGGAGGAAGGAGAGAGCUACGUCUGUGCGUCCGAGAACUUGUACAAGAAGGUUGACUACACAAAGAAUGUCAACCCCAACUGGUCUGUGAACGUGAAGGCCUCUGCCAGCCAGAAGAACCUGCAGAGCCUAGCCAGUAAGCAGGCCAGCGAAGCCCGGGAGGGUAAGGAGUUUGUUCGGCCCAAGCUGGUGACGGUGAUGCGGAGCGGCGUGAAGCCGAGGAAGGCCGUCCGCGUGCUGCUCAACAAGAAGACAGCGCACUCCUUUGAACAGGUGCUCACCGACAUCACAGAGGCCAUCAAGCUGGAGAGCGGCGUGGUGAAGAGGAUCUACACACUGGACGGAAAGCAGGUCACCUGUCUUCAGGAUUUCUUUGGUGAUGAUGACGUCUUCAUCGCUUGUGGCCCAGAGAAGUUCCGCUACGCCCAGGAUGACUUCUCCCUGGAUGAGAAUGCACACUACCCCUCUGGAACCAAACCCAAAUCAGCCCAGGGGGCCUAUAAUAACCAAGAAGGGUGCAGGAUGAUGAAGAAGAAAAGUCCAGGUCCGAUCCGGCGCAGCAAGUCUCCUGCUGAAUCGACCAAUGGGACGGGCUCCAGCAGCCAGCUCUCCACCCCAAUUUCCAAGCAGUCCCCCACCUCCACCCCCAACAGCCCAGGCAUCCACCGCAAGCAGAAGGAUCUCUACCUGCCCCUAUCUCUGGAUGAUGAGGAUUCUCUUGGGGAGUCCAUGUAGAGCCUCCUGUCUGUCAGCUGCUGCCUGCCUACCCGUCUCCCCCUGGCCUGCCACUCGGAGGUAUCUCUGGUGCUCUCCACCUUCACUAACGGCCAGCGCCCUCUAGUGUACUGUCCGGGAGGACUUCUCCAUUUGAUCUCUCCCUGGUGCCACAUGUUAUGUCUAUCUGGCCUUGGCCACCACGGCUGUUCCACCUUUUGCUGCUUGAGAAUUCACCACUAGAUCUUGUUUUUUAUAUCCUAUGUUGUUAAGAAUGUAUAUGCUGGGCGUAUACGACAAUGAUAUACGAAUUACCGCAUCUAACAAAUUCGCCAAAUCAUUUUAUUGUGUGAAAGUCCAAUGUUUCUUGUUAUGCUCUCAGAAGGGGAGAGACAUAAUUUACUAACAAGCAAUUUCAAAAAGGCAGUUCCCACAAUGUAACUACAAAAGUGUAUUUUUUUCAGUUGAAAACCAUUCAUUCUGAUAUAGGGCAAAUCACACAUUUCUAAGAUUUUCCAAAUUCAAGUGCACAAUUCCAAGCAGCAAAUGGACUAUUUCUCUGGGGUGUAGUAGUCAGUAGUCAAGUUUUGCUCAUAAUGUCCCUCUGUGUCCUCUCUCUUUCUGUGCUAUGGUUCAAGCUGUUAAAAGUAAUGAGAACAUUUUUAGGGGAAGGCUCUUUAGCCAUGAGAGGUGAAUGUCCUCCUUUCAUCUACUGUAAAUACUGUGUAUAGCCAUUGCAACAUCCCAGCUAAUACCUAACAUUCAUAACUAUGCUUUCAUAAAACGUCAAUACAACGUCUGCCAAACGUUGAAACAACAUAACAUGUUUUCUGUGUAUUAUCUAUCUAUGAGGUCUUCAAAAACUGCAAGGCACAGUGGAGCCAAGCAGCUCUGAAACCGUGGGCAUAUAAAGUAGGGGUACUGGGGGAAGUCCUAUUAGUGUGUACAGACCAACCAAAGCCAGAAAAAAUGUGGCCCUUUUUAAAACAAACAAGCACAUCUUUUUUUAAAUUAAAUAACGGUUUAGGAUUCUUAAAUAUAUUUUAGUUAUGAUUACUUUAACUCCUUCUUUUAACUGGUUCUAAGAUGCAGACUUCAAUGGAAAUGUGAUAAAGCCAGGUGUACUAUAUUGAGGGAAGUUUAGAAUAAAUUAUCAUUACAAUAAAAAAAUUCAAAGCCAUAGUAUAUAUUGUAUCAAGCAACAUGGAAAUCUAAAAUGUAGAUAAUCUGUAAUUCCCCCAGUGGAGACAUACCUGUCUGCUACAUGUACUGUCUGUUUGUUACUGGGGCCUCCCAUGAGGCCAAUCUGACCAGACCAUGUCCAUGUAGGGUAAAUAGAUUUUCACCAGCACAAAAAACAAUAAGUAGAGCUUCUCACAUUUUGCAUGGCUAAAUCUUUUUUCGUAGUGCUUAAUGAUUGAAUACAAAGUUUAGAUAGGAGGAAAUUGAAUUUUUUGUUCCAAAAAAGUACCAUAAAAAAAUUAUAAUGUUAGAAGUAAUAUAUAUGUCUAAAACAUUGUUCCUUUUCUUGAAUAAUAACACAUGAAUGGUUAUAGUAUCGGCAAAAUCUGAUGAACACAUCAUUGUGUUACAGAAAGUGAAUUAGUGCAGGCACAGGGACAUUUUUCUGUGGCAGUCGUCCCAAAGAAUAGUGUGAAAUACUAGCCCAAGUAUUACGUAUGUAAGGUGAUCCAGUGUGAACCUCUCUCUGGAUCUGACCCAAAUGAGCAGCACAGCACACUCUCGACUACUUACACCCUCCACCUGCAGGGAGUGAUGUCACUGUGAUGUCAGCACUACAGCUGCAGGUCCACUUUUACAUCUUCUGGGAAUCAACACUUUGUAAAAUAAAAGUCUUUUCUGGAGAAUUCAGUUCUAUUUUAUCUCACCAGCUGUUCGAUAUCUUGUCUCUUUGCCCCAGAUUUUCUACAGCUGAACAUUAACAGUGUCAGUCAGUUGUUUUGUGUGAAGCUGCCGCCACCAUAUAACACAGGAGGUGUGGACCAAGCUCUCACCUCCAGUGGUGCCUUUUUUUUGAUUGCCGUCUUUUGAUAAAAAAUUAAUAAAAAAACAGGAAAACUAAGACAUGUCCUCUUUGUUAACAAACUAUCUGUAAAGCAUUUUUAAAUGUCUUGAAUUGUAGAGCUGCCGUCAGCGCAGUGUGAGCUCUCAUACAUUGUUUUGUAGAAUGCCAGGGUAACUUUAUCAUAGUGCAAAUGUACUCUCUUUCUGUUCUCUAUGAAUGCAUUUCUGAUGGAAUGACUUGGGUUACUGGGAAAUGUACAAUGUCCUCUUUAAUGGUGUUUUUGCAAUGUCACAGUGGCUUGUUUCAGUGCUUCAUUCUAUGUAUUAACCAAUUCCCUUUUGCAAUUAAAAGAGUUGUAUUCCACCUCC